AUGGAUGUAGCAUUCCUCAUAGCCGGUCCCAGCAUCUGGUGCCGCCGGACGCAGCACGCCACGGCCGCAGUAUUCUCCUUGCCGGUUGUAGCAAAACUGGACGCCGGUUCCAGCACUGCCAUACUAGGAUGCAGCAAUUUGCCCCCGCUGCGUCGCAACUCGCGUGGUCGCCGUCGCCGGAUACGACGGGUUGGCCGCAACAUCGGGAUGCCCCGCAGCGCAGCCCGCAUGGUCGCCUCGCCGAACGCGACGGGUCACAUCGGCAAGCAUAUCGUUGCUGCGAGUGUCCGCCACGGCCACCCGACCUCUGUCCUCAUCAGGGAUGCUGCACCGGCUGAUCUGGCCAAGGCGCAGCUCCUCAAGAGCUUCAUUGAUUCCGGUGUUGCUCUCAUCAAGGGAGAUUUAUUUGACCACAACAGCCUCGUAAACGCCAUCAAGCAUGCAGAUGUCGUGAUCUCGGCCGUGGGGACCCGUCAGCUCGACGAGCAGAGGAGGAUUGUCAUGGCCAUCAAGGAGGCCGGCAAUGUCAUCAAGAGGUUCCUACCAUCUGAGUUCGGCUCUGACCCAGAGCGGGUUCACACCGUGGAUCCAGCGGCCACACUGUACGCUGGUAAAGUCAGCCUUCGCCGUCUGAUAGAGGCGGAGGGUAUACCUCAUACAUAUGUCUGCUGCAACGGGUUCGCCGAAACCUACCUUCUGAGCAUCGGCGAUGUUACGGCUGUUGGCGCUGGUCCUCCGGCCGACAAGAUCACUGUCCUAGGCGAUGGAGAUGCAAAAGGGGUGUUUGUGGUGGAAGAGGACAUAGCUGCCUACACGGUGAGAGCGAUUGACGAUACGAGGACCCUGAACAAGAUCCUGUACAUGAGGCCGUCGGCGAACAUCGUGUCCCACAACGAGCUCAUCGCACUGUGGGAGAAGAAAGCGGGAAGGACUUUCCAGCAGAUCGCUCGCAUCCCAGAGGCGGAUCUCCUCAAGUUGAUCAAGGAGGCGGCAUACCCUCUCAACAUGAUGCUGUCCCACUCGCUCUCCGUCUUCGUGAGGGGCGACCAAGCCAACUUCGACAUCGAGCCGUCCUUUGGUGUCGAGGCCACCGAGCUGUACCCUGACGUUAAGUACACCACCGUCGACGAGUACCUGGACCGCCUCCUCUGACAGUUCUUGGCUGG